UCCCAGGGCAGAGAACAGAGCAUUAGAUCUCCACAAAGCAUUCAGUAGCAACAUCUGCUACAAAGGCAGCGUGCAAGGAACCUUCCUUAAACCUACAUAUAACAAAUCCGUCCACGUGAGACUCCAGAAAUACGCAGCAAUAUUGCAACCCAGAACUUUUCAAAAACCCUUGAAGACAAAGAACGGAUUUUUUUUUCUAAGAAAACAAAUUAGACGUCAGGACAUAAGAAUCUAUAAAACCUGUAAAGAGAACAAAAAUGUAAUUUGAACCAGUGUUACUUCAAAGAGCUAAAUAUUGCAAAUAUAUAUAUUUUUUGGGGAUAAAACUAUUAUUAUUAUUAAAUUUUUUUUUACUAUUUUGGUUGCAACCAAUGUAUAAAAGAUUCUAUUUUUUUAAUAACACACAGAUGAAGCAGAAGACUGGAGGUUAACAGGAUUGUGCAGCGGAUGGGAUAAUUGUCACUGUAUAGAUUGACUUUUGACUUCCUUUGUGUUAUUAGGACGGCUGAUCCCAAAGAGUUGGUAGCACAUUGUGCUGUAAGGAUUUUUAUUAGGAAUUUUAACAUUUUUUUUGGCAAGGAUGGCUGCUAAUAAAGUUGGAAAGAGGAUGAUUGGAAAGACACAUUCUCCAUCCAGAAAUAGGGACUCUGGACAAAAUAUACAAAGGAGACAAGCCCGAGUUACUGUUAAAUAUGACCGCAAGGAGCUGCAAAAACGUCUGGAUGUGGAGAAAUGGAUAGAUGAUAGAUUGGAGGAGCUGUAUGUGGGAAGGGAGAUGGAAAUGCCAGAUGAGGUCAACAUAGAUGAUUUGUUGGACUUGGGGACAGAUGAAGAGAGGAGUCGAAGUCUGCAGGUGAUCCUGACAUCUUGCACUAACAACACCGAGGGUUUUAUUCUGGAUCUUCUGGUUAAAUUAAAGGGGCUUCAAAAACAGACGCUUCUGAAAAAGAACGGCCAGGAUAUUCACAACGAAGACCAUAUUCAGGAGCACGUGUGACUGUGUGUGACCGAAACUGUUUGAAAUGAAAAUUUGUCACCAACUUUAAAGAACUGACUGUAUUACACUUGCAAACACUACACGAAAGAAAAAUGAAGGAAUGCUUUGCAGUGAUGUCACAUAUGAUGUCACCGCUACCUUGCGACAAGCACAUUGCAUUUAACAGUAAAUAUUGCUCUGCUGUAAUGACAUUUUUUAUUCAGACCUUGUGCAACCUAACAAAGUUAUUUCUUUUCUUUUCUUUUAAUAAAUCUUUAUCUUCUGCAAAUAUUUCAUCAGGUAUUAAAGUACAGUGUAGAGUGGGGGGGGGGGGGGGUCAGACCCUGUAUUAUACAGUGUGGGGGAGAUCAGACCCUGUAUUGUACAGUAUAGGGGAGAUUAGAUCCUGUAUUGUACAGUAUAGGGGAGAUCAGACCCUGUAUUGUACAGUAUAGGGGAGAUUAGAUCCUGUAUUGUACAGUAUAGGGGAGAUCAGACCCUGUAUUGUACAGUGUGAGGGAGAUCAGACCCUGUAUUGUACAGCAUAGGGGAGAUCAGACCCUGUAUUGUACAGUAUAGGGGAGAUUAGAUCCUGUAUUGUACAGUAUGGAGGAGAUCACCCCCUGUAUUGUAUAAUUGUGGGGAGAUCAAACCAUGUAUUGUGCAGUAUAAAUGUGAUAAGACCCUGUAUUGUACAAUGAAGAGGAAAUCAGAUAAAGUAUAAAGUGUAGGGGAGAUUGUGUAUUGUGUGUGAGAUCAGACUCUGUAUUGCAAGAUGUGGUGGAGAUCAGAUCCUGUAUCAUACAGCGUAAGUCAGAUCAGACCCUGUAUUGUACAGUAAGGGGGAGAUCAGACCCUGUAUUGUACAGUAAGGGGGAGAUCAGACCCUGUAUUGUACAGUGAAGGGGCAAUCAGAAUGAUCCUGUAUUGUACAAUGUAAGGGAUAUCAGACCCUGUAGUGCGGGAAUAUAGCAAAAGAUAAAAUAUGUGUUUUUACAGAUACAGCACAACGUUAUUCAUGUGUUCUCCAUUAGUCCCCAUUAGUCAAUCAAAUUAGAACUGUCAGAUCUUUUUAGUUAAAAUUACCAUAAAGCACAAGACUUGUUUACAUAUUACUUCUAGCUGUGUUAUAUUUAUAUUGAUGACCUGGAAAGACAUAUCGUGUGUCCUGGCGCCUUUGUAGCUUUAAAUGCAAAACUGUGUGCGAAUGUUACACAAUAUAUAUUAACAGCUGAGUUCUAAUAAAAUAACGUUUUUGUUACUAA